ACAGGUUAAAAAUCAAUGGCGCAGGAGAGAGGAGGUCACAACAAAAACUCAUCUAGAAAAGGGAACGAACUUCCUUACAAUCAAACAAGCAAUCAUAUUUAAGUAAGCAUUACAGGCCAAGAGGUCGGCAUUAUGAUUAGUUAGAACUAAAAGAUGGCGGUCAUGAUAAUUUUAAACCCAAGUAAGGGAUGUUAGAAACUGAGAGAGGGCAACACUGGGAGAACAAGACGAAGGGACAAUCUUUCGCAAUUUUAAACGAAUAAUGGUGAGGACUACUCAACUAUUUCGCAAAGCUCGUAAAACCUUCCAGGAUCUCAGACUCCUCCAGAUCUUGCAAUCCGAGAUAGCCCACGAGCUUUCUUCAACCCCAUGUCAGAACUAUGAGAACAAUGGUAGUUCCAGCCAUUUCACUGUGGAACAUGACUCGCUCAAGUCCCAAGACGUGGUGUUGCGGCGAAAAAUGGAUUCCGGCGAGGAGGUUGUGAUUUCUGCUCUAUUGGGUCCUCUCAGAUUUGGAUAUGAUGGGGCUUUUCCGAGGGAAAUUUUGAUGAAGAUUUGUGUGAGUAAGCCUGGAGUUAGCUCUCUUUUGCAGUUUGAUUGUGGGGUUUCAGAGGACGGUCAUGGUGGGUCUCCUUUCAAACUCUACAAUGCCUAUUAUCUUCGAUCUUCUGAUUGUUUGGGACCUUCUGUUUAUAGAGGCCCUUCGUUCAGCUCGUUAGAUCCUCGGUUACAAGACGCGCUCAAAGAAUACCUAAUCAGUAGAGGUGUUGAAGAAAGCCUGACCAACUUCCUUCUCAUUCACCUGCAUAAAAAAGAGCAAGGUCAGUAUCUGAAUUGGUUAAAAAAUGUGGAAUAUUCAAUCGCAAAAAGAGAAUCGAAUGAACUUUAGCAACUUCACAUCAGACCCUGGGUGCCUGAUUUUCAUAUGGGAAGAGGAGGCAUGACUUUAAGUGCAGGUUUGGAACAUUUAUAUUGAUUGCUAAAUAAGAGCUUUCUUUCAUUCUGCUUGCAUUCUGUGUUUGUGCAAGUGUAUCCUUUUUGUUGCGCAUGAAAAUGUUUCAGCCAGAUUUACUUGUCAACAAAACAAAAUUGUGGUACUCUACUCAUUCAGUCUGAGCCUUGGUUCUAUGUUGACGUCGAAAAAAUGUCGAGAAUUUAAUCGAAAUAUUGAAAUAACUUUUUAUGAA